CCGCAUCUACGAACUGACGGUGCUGAAGGACCGGCUCACCGGCCUCCACAAAGAUGAAUCGUCCAAUCCAAGUGAAGCCGGCUGCCAGUGAGGGCCGAGGAGAGGACCGAAAGCUGUUUGUGGGGAUGCUGGGGAAGCAGCAGGGUGAGGAAGACGUCAGACGCCUGUUCCAGCCUUUUGGCCAUAUUGAAGAGUGCACCGUCUUGCGGAGCCCGGAUGGUACCAGUAAAGGCUGUGCCUUUGUAAAAUUUGGGAGUCAGGGGGAAGCUCAGGCGGCCAUCCAGAGUCUGCACGGCAGCCGGACCAUGGCGGGCGCCUCAUCCAGCCUCGUAGUCAAGCUGGCGGACACGGACCGAGAGCGCGCGCUGCGUCGGAUGCAGCAGAUGGCAGGCCAGCUGGGCGCCUUCCACCCCGCGCCGUUGCCGCUCGGGGCCUGUGGUGCAUACACCACAGCGAUCUUGCAGCACCAGGCGGCCCUGCUGGCGGCAGCACAGGGCCCGGGUCUAGGCCAGGUGGCCGCGGUGGCCGCACAGAUGCAGCACGUGGCGGCCUUCAGCCUGGUUGCCACGCCGCUGCUACCAGCAGCAGCCAACUCCCCUCCAGGCAGCGGCCCCAACACACUCCCAGGUCUCCCAGGGCCCAUCGGAGUCAAUGGAUUCAGCCCCCUGACCCCCCAGACCAACGGGCAGCCAGUCUCUGACACUCUCUACAAUAACGGGCUCUCCGCUUACCCAGCCCAGAGCCCCGGCGUGUCUGACCCCCUGCAGCAGGCCUACGCUGGGAUGCACCACUACGCAGCAGCCUAUCCAUCGGCCUACGCCCCAAUGAGCACAGCUUUUCCCCAGCAGCCUUCAGCCCUGCCCCAGCAGCAAAGAGAAGGCCCGGAAGGCUGUAACCUCUUCAUCUAUCACCUGCCUCAGGAGUUUGGUGAUGCAGAACUCAUACAGACAUUUCUGCCCUUUGGGGCUGUCGUCUCUGCCAAAGUUUUUGUGGAUCGAGCCACCAACCAGAGCAAGUGUUUUGGGUUUGUUAGCUUUGACAAUCCAACCAGUGCCCAGACAGCUAUUCAAGCCAUGAAUGGCUUUCAAAUUGGCAUGAAGAGGCUCAAGGUCCAGCUAAAGAGGCCCAAGGAUGCCAACAGGCCUUACUAAUCUGCUCUCACUGACCAGCCACAGAAAGAUACCGAAGAGUGAGAAGAAAAGAGAGGAAAAGCACAGAAGCACUUAAGCAGCCCUUCUUGAAGGAGCAGCCGCAGACAGAAGUGGAUUGGACCCAAGGCCAGCGCCUCGGGCUCAGGCCACUUUUAAGGAUUGUCUUCAUCAAGUGGGUUGCUCUAUGCCUGUGGCAUAGAGCUCAGGCUGGCAGGGCAGCUGGGGCUGGCUGAAGAUGGACCGACAAGGGGAACCAGCAGAGGGCCUUGGGGGUGCCAAGGGCUUCUCCAUAAGGGAAGCCCAGAUUUUCUUCUUUCAAAAUCUUAUCAUUCCUUAGAAUUUAGGGACCAAAGGACUAUUGCUUUUUUAAGAAUAUAUAUAUAUAUAUAGAUAUAUACAUAUAUAUAUCUAUAUAUGUGUGUGUAUAUAUAUUCACAGAGAAGAAACUAAACAGACAAAACCACACAAGAGAAACACAAAAGACAGUAUAGAGUCUUACAAAAGCUGCCUUUAAAUAUCCCCAGGAGACAGGGUGAAGGAGACCUUUAAAAGCCCCAGCCUAGUCAAAGGGAGGCUGUGGGAAGAUUGUUCUGUGUCUCAUAUUCUAUUAAACCAUCUCCCCGCCCUGCCUUUUUAAAAUAAUUAAGGACUUGAGGUCUAGGCUCAGGUGCAGGUAAUGAGACUUACGGAAGCAGUGAGCCCACAAUGCCCAAAUGCACAGGGCACCACUGAAGAGGCCUCAGGAGGAGCUCUAGCCUGCCCGGCCUUUGCCACCCGGAGGGGCCUCUGAGGCAGCAAGAGCGGGGAACCUGCCUUUCUUUCCUGACAGCUGCUUCCUCAGACAGGAAGGAAAAGGGAGUUUUGGCUUUUCCCUCCCCCCUCCAGAUAGACAGAGGCCCUGCCUUUGGCUGAGCCGAGAUACCUCCUGCUUCCCCUCACCUUGAGCCAGCCCCAGUGUCCCCUUGCUCUGGGCCACCUUCUGUCUCUAAGUCUAAGUUUGCCCACCUAUAAAGUAGAUUCAGGAUACAUAUGGAGGGCUGUGACAACAGACUCGGAAGGUUUACUACUGUAUAUACUGCCAUUGAGAAGGGGAUAAUUUUCAAUAUGUAGAAGCUUCAGAAUUUAGAGGUCCCUCUUUACCCAGGACCUGAGAGAGAAGUAGCUGUUUUGCCAAAAUACUUCUUCAUUCCUUUAAAAAGUACAUCUUUCCUAUGCAAAGAGUGUUUCACGUGCUUAUCCAAGGUGCUUCUAGAUGGUGAGCAGUGUUCAACUUAGAAGUGGUGUGUGCUCUGUCUGUCUGUCUUUGUCUGUCUGUUGUAUACAGUGGGUGCCAUAUAAAGCUGAUCAAUGGCGGUGUUUCCUGUCUGCUUCUGUGAGAUGGGCAAAAGAUCUCAGCUUAGAACACCAUGACUCACCUUGCCUUUGUCAGCCUUUCCUGGGCCUGCACGGCCUUGUGCAUAUUUUUGUCAGGAGGAUAAUUUCCUCUCCACCCAAUAGACAUGGAUCAAACUGGUCUGUGACGCAGCUGUGUGGUGGGCACUCUGAUUGCCAGAUGUUGCUAAGGCUGGAGGUCUCUAAUCUUAUAGCACAUCAGACAGUAAAGGAUGUGGGGUGGGGUCAGAGGGUUCCUUCCUUCA